AUGUCACAACCCAAAGUCCUAAUAGCAGGAGCAGGCCUCGGCGGUCUCUGUCUAGCUCAAGGUCUCAAAAAAGCCGGCAUAGAUUUCCACGUCUACGAGCGAGACCAAGCAUCAGAUUACAGACUGCAAGGCUAUCGAAUCCGGAUUCAUUCCGAAGGAACUGAUGCUCUCCAACAAUGUCUACCCGAUGACAUCUAUCAACUAUUUGAAGACACCUGCGCCGAAAUGCGUCUAGGACCCGGCUCCCAAGCAGAUCCUCUAACCGGCGACAUCCUCCCUCCUCAACCCCAACAACUUGGCAAAGGACCUCCUCCCAUGUUUCGAAAUGCUCGUACAGUUGAUCGUCGCGUCUUCCGCGAUGUUCUCUUAACGGGAUUGGAAAAUCACGUUUCCUUCGGAAAAGAAUUCUCCCAUUACAGCACAAACAACAGCGACGCGAUAACCAUCACCUUUUCCGACCGCACCUCCGCAGCCGGUACUCUCCUCAUCGGCGCCGAUGGCGUUCACUCCCGCGUUAGGAAACAAUUCCUCCCAUCCCACAUCCCCCUCGACACAGGCGGUCGUAUCAUCUACGGCAAAACACCUCUCUCCGCCGAUCUCACAUCUACAUUCCCACCCGAAAUGCUCAAAAGCAUCAACCCCACCCUCACCCUCCUCGGCGACGCCGCUCACGCCAUGCCUCCGACUGGCGCAUCAGGUUGCGUCACCGCGCUGCGGGAUGCGGGAAAUCUCGUGCGGUUACUAGUGGAAAGGGGUGUGAAAGAUGGAAUCAAAAUCUAUGAAGAAGAGAUGAGGGAAUAUGGGAGUGCGACGAUUGAGAGGAGUUUGGAAGCCGCGGUUAAGAUGUUUGGGUUUAAGGCGAGAGAGGAGUGGAAAAAUGUGGAGUAG